ACGAAGUUAGCUCAGCUGUAGUUAACUUCACAAUUGUUGUUGAAAAAAUUUCUAACCUUAAAUCCUUUUCCAAAUUACUUUAAAAUGACGACUUUACGGCCUUUCACUUGCGAUGAUAUGUACAAAUUUAACAACGUAAAUUUGGACCCCUUAACCGAAACCUAUGGGUUAUCAUUUUACAUGCAAUACUUGGCACAUUGGCCUGAAUACUUUCAAGUAGCUGAAUCUCCAAAUGGAGAAAUUAUGGGAUACAUAAUGGGAAAAGCAGAAGGCAUAGGUGAUAACUGGCAUGGACAUGUAACAGCAUUAACAGUGUCUCCUGAUUUUAGAAGAUUAGGGUUAGCAGCCAGUUUAAUGACAUUUUUGGAGGAAGUUUCCGAAAAGAAAAGGGCCUAUUUCGUGGAUCUUUUUGUAAGAGUAAGCAAUAAAGUGGCUAUAAAUAUGUACACCAACUUGGGUUACAUAGUCUACAGGACAGUGCUGGAAUACUACUCGGGUGACCCUGAUGAAGAUGCUUAUGAUAUGAGAAAAGCUUGUUCACGAGACGUAAAUCAAAAAUCUGUUAUACCUUUGACUCACCCUGUACGACCUGAAGAUGUUGAUUGACUAAUAAUGUGCUUCAUAUUGUUUCUUAUUACUAUGUAUUACUGUCUUUUGUAAUAAAUGCACUAGGUAUCUG